CGAGUGGCAAAAUGUUCGCCGACCAAAAAAAAAAAAAGUAAUUCCACAAGAUUAACUUUGAGUAAAAUGUUGCUUUUCCACACGCUUUAUUAUGGCUAAUAGUAUGAAUUUGAUACCUGUCUGGAACUGGUGAGCUUCACCUACUCUCCAGAUUGAGAUGCAAGCUGUCAAUGGCACUGCAAAGCUAUUUUACAUGCACCACAGUGGACACUAUUACAACGUGCAUCGUCAGGAUGUCAGGCAGAAGAGUAGUGGUGUUCUCUUCAGCAGCAGAGCUUGGUCCAGCUCUGGCUCACCUGGUAGCAUCUCGGGCUGACAAGGCCCUGUUGGACCAUGGCCAGUUCUCCCUGGGCCUCUCAGGGGGCAGCUUGGUGUCCAUGCUCAGCAAGGAGCUGCCUGCCCUGCCAGACCUGGACUGCAGCCACUGGCUAGUAGGUUUCUGUGAUGACAGGCUGGUUCCCUUUGACGAUGGAGAGAGUACCUAUGGACUGCACAAGAAUCAGUUGUUCUCCAAAAUCAACAUCCCAGACAGUGGGGUCCUGGCGAUUGACUCCUCUUCAUCUGUACAGGAGUGUGCUGAGGAUUAUGCCUGCAAACUGAAGGAGGUACAGACUCACACACACACAUAUACACACACACACAGUUCAUUUAUCACUUGUAUGGUUAUGAAACAAAGAAAAGUUAUGACAUGAACCAUUGAGAUAUUAUAAUCUAUUUUCGUAUUAAAGGUAAACUCAGCGAUAUGACGUAGAUGCAGAAAGUAAGGAGCAUAGUGGGUCAAUUUCUGCAACAACUAAGAGUGUUGAAUCGCAAGACUCAACUUCUCUGCUGAUUUGGUGCCCUGUCUACCACGCUGUGAACAGUGUGAAGGGAACCCGUGCAGAUACUUUGUGCGACUGUGUGAGAACAAAGUGUUGCAUCUCGUUCAUCUCAGUAUCUCCAGUGCUGCUUGUGGCAACGUCAAUUCACUGAGUCCUGAAGGAGGAUAUCUCUGUGUUUGAUCUGUUGCUGCUGGACAUGGGGCCUGAUGGACACACCUGUUCCCUCUUCCCAGACCAUCCCCCGUUGUAGGUGAGCAUAGUCUACAGCCCAGUUUCAGGUCGUCUUUAUUGCACUGUAGCCAUGUUGUCUCCCAGGUUGUCUUUUUUUGCAGUCGCGUUGCACUGUUUAUCAAAUCUCACAAUGCCUGGAGAAGUGUUUAGCAUUUUAUAUGAUAAAGACAUCUUCUCAGACGACCUGGAACGCCACCUGUAUCACUCAUUAGGUUGUAAUUCUGGUAUCAAAGGAGCUAAAACGGAUAACUAUUUACAUCAAUGUUACUAAUACGUCUUCUUUUUCUAUCCAUAUGGUCUUGUGAAGAUCAGAUCAUGACAUUACAUCUGUUCUCAAUGGGGGUUAAAAAACAUUAAAAAGGCGUUGCUUGGUCUGGGUGUAAUUAAAGCUUUUAGGUACCAUUCUCAUCAGAUAGUCUUUCAUGAAGGAAGAACUGUCUUCUGUUAUGGGAGAUCAGAAAACCCUCAGCAUACAUGUCCCAAGCAGCCACCCUCUCCCAGUUUCAUGUUAUCUGAACUGGAAAUGAGCCAUAACCACUCUACAGUUAGUUGAAUACAAAUAGUUAUGUUUAGCACAUGUAAGGGAAGACGUUCAUGUUGACACAAACAUAAUGUAUUGUAGUGCAAAGCCAUGAAUGCAUGAUUGCAAAUUACUGUCAUACUGACAUAUGGGGCUUUUAAACAUUUUAGAAAAUCUCACACCACUUCAAACACCCAUUGUUAUAAAUCCCCCUGGGAACCCACCCUUCAGUCUAUCAUAAUUAGAACAUAUUUUAAAGACACUUAAAGAUAAUAUGCAGUAGGUUAAAAUAUGGAUUCAGAGGUUUGGGGCUAUAAAUUAACGUUUAGCCAGUAUUUUGUGACAUCUGUGUAAGGUUUUAAAAAAUGAUCUUUAGAUUCUUCCUUUCAGUUAAUUCAAGUCUGGUUCUGACCAGUAGAGUGUUUAUUUAAUGUGUUUCGUCACACACAUGGAUACACCUGUCCUGCCAUGCAUGUGUUGUUUUAGUCACUCCACUGGCUAUGUAUGGACCGUUCUUGUAUUUUGGGUUUACUCCUCUUUUAGGAAACCUAGAAAAUUGUGGCCCCAAUCUGUGACUCGCCCAAGCCCCCACCACAACGUGUGAGCAUGACAUUUCCCAUAGUGAACUUAGCCCAUUGUGUGAUCUUUGUGUCAACAGGAGGCAGCAAAGCACCAGUGCUAUAGGUACUAUAUCCUAUCCUUCAUACUGGCAUCCUCUCUGACUCAAUAAUAUCUAACCCUGAUCCUAACCUAUUAAGCAUCAAGAAAUGUCACUAUGAAGACUUGAUUCAGGUUAUUUGUAUCUAUGUUUACCUGUAAUUUACUGUUUAAAAAAUAUAUAUAUCCCAAAAAUAGAUCUCACUGUAAAACAGUAAUGGAUUGAGAGCAUUUCUGUGGUUGUUGAUAACACUACUACAAGUGAGCUUUUCCUUUCAAGUGCUGGAGGGUGGUGAAGGCCAGGCCCUACCUGCAGCCAGAGUGGUCCCCAGCCACGGUGAGCUGUUCUGGCUCACAGAUGAACCAGCCACUGCUUCCUUGACACUCCAAAUGGAGAGACCAGGCUCUGCAGCAAAACUCUAAAGACCAAAGAGAAGGACAAAAAGGAGCUCAGAAACUCAACACCCACAGAGAAAAAUGUGCAGGAUAUCACUGAACAUUCCUGUUUCUAUUUGACAGUGUUAUGUUUUAGGCAUGAGAUUAAACCCUACCUACCAGGAAAAUGGGAUUUAAGUGAAUUUAUGAAUGAAUAGGAAAAACAUUGGAUUGUUUACACAUCAGUUGUAGAACGGUGCUGAAUGUAUGUAUAAUUAUGGGGAAACCAUUUGAAGUAGUUGCUGGAUGAUUCAUUCCAGAGGAAAAGGUGUAAUGUCAUAAUAAUACAAAUAGAUUUACUGUUAAAGUUUCAGGGUUAUUUAGUGUGUACUAUCUCAUGGAAUUGUAUGGGAUUCCAACAAGCUGCUUGUAUGGUAGCCUCAGCCAGAAAGUGUUUACUUUGUUACUAAUCUGUUGACCGCUGUACUUUGAAGUCCGACUUUGCAUUGGACUAUCAGUGGGCGUUAAAAUGGAUGACAUGCACUUCUGUCUAGCCAAAACAUUUAUGAUUUUGAUGAUAAACUGAAAUGGCACAUGCCCUUCUUGGCUAAAGGUUACAGUGAUGAAAAUAUGUGAAUAUUUGUACAGAAUGAUUAUCAAUAUUAACAUUACAAAUCGAUUAAUAAAGGUUAAAAA